AGAGAGAGUGUGUGCGCGCGCGUGUGUGUAUAUAUAUUCAAUUGGAGCAAGAGUUUUGUAAAAUAAAUAAACUUUGGUAUAUAUACACAUGGCGUGGUCAACCUGGGCGGCGCACCUCCACCUCGUGUUUGCGGCGGCGGUGGCAGCGGCUUUUAUUACUGUUGGAGCGGCUGACGGAAACGGUAGUCAGUGGUUGUACCCUGACGGCGCUGCAAUGCAGAACCUGAAGGCGGGUCUUGAGUUACCGGCGGGGUCGCCACUCAGGGAAGAUUGGGAAUCGAAGAACUACACGUGCGAGUGGGAGGGGGUUUGGUGCGACGAAGGCGGGAGGGUUUCGAAGAUGGACAUCGUGGGUUGCAGCGGCAAAGGCGGCCUCACGACGGAGGGCCUCGGAGAACUGACCCACCUUCGCGAACUCCACGGCGACGGGAACCUGUUAACUUAUAUCGAUCUGGAAGUGUUCCGUAAGCUGUCCCAGUUGCAAGUGGUUUCCCUGGACAACAGCCCUAAUCUUGUGAUGUGGACCAUCCCGGAGAGUCUCAAGACUGCUCGGAUUCUCACGCAUUUCUCCGCCCCCGGCUGCAACUUGACCGGGCCCAUACCCGAAUUUCUCACCGGCGACACCUUCCCUGCCUUGCGCCGGCUCUCCCUCGAGGGCAACAAGUUCUCCGGGAUCAUCCCCUCCGACCUCCCUCCCACCCUGGUCACUCUGGGGUUGAGCGGUCAAACCGCAGACUAUCGGGCACUGAUGGGGGAAAUACCCGACGGCCUCUCCCGCCUCACGUCCUUGAAAGAGUUGCUCUUGGACGGCAACAGCCUCACCGGUCCGGUGCCGGAAUCCUUGGGCACCAUCCGUUCGCUAGAACAGGUGAUCCUCUCCUACAACAACCUCAGCGGGACCAUUCCUCCCGCCAUCGCCAAUUUGACCAAUCUCAUGAGAUUAGACCUUAGCGGGAAUCAGCUCACGGGCGAAAUACCCCACGAUCUCUCCCGCCUCGCGUCCCUGCAAAUGUUCCACGCGGACGACAACAGUCUCACCGGUCCGGUGCCGGAGUGGCUGGCCAACAUCUCUUCACUGCAAUACGUGAGCCUCGCUGGUAACAAUCUCACGGGGCCUAUCCCUCCCGCCAUCACGCGCUCCACCAGUCUUCGCCAAAUAGACCUUUCUCAUAAUGAAAUGCUUUGCGGUGGAGUCCCUCCCGGAGGGAAUAAUAUCAAUGUGCUAACAUUCGGAAUUCCUAAUAUAAACAAGCCAUGCCCAGUGGGAUGAUCCAUCGAUGAAUUGAAUGGAAGACAACCAUAUACUUUCUCUGUCCCAAAAAAGUUUGUUACGUUUAGAAAAAACUACGUCCCAUAAAGUCCGUUACAUUUCUAAUAAAAAACCACUUUUACCCCUUACUUUUUCAUACCCUACCUACCACAUCAUACCUUUUUCCUAAUAAUCUACCCAUCACAUCCUACUUUUACCCAUUACAUCAAGAGUAUUUUUGGAAAAUCAAUACCAAAAUAUCCC